AUGGAAACAGGUAAAACAUGUUUGCUGAUUGUCUUCAGCAAAGAUCAGUUUCCGGACGUUUAUGUACCCACUGUCUUCGAGAAUUAUGUGGCUGACAUUGAAGUUGAUGGAAAACAGGUGGAAUUGGCAUUGUGGGAUACAGCUGGACAAGAAGAUUACGAUCGAUUGCGACCGCUUAGUUACCCGGAUACCGAUGUCAUCCUGAUGUGCUUUAGCAUUGAUUCACCGGAUUCGCUUGAAAAUAUUCCAGAAAAGUGGACUCCUGAGGAGAAAGCAAAGAGAAAUUGA